UUCACACUGAUGAACACGCUGUGUGAUGAUUGCUACAUGUGGGCAACAGUAGAUAUCUCUACACAAGAACAGAGCGGUCGGAUAAAGCAGUUUUUCCAGCCUCAAUCAAAGAGCUGUCAUCUGCAACGGCAGUGAGCUAUAAAGGCAAAUCAACUCGCCACUUGCCCCUGCAGUUACAGUCAACUGGAAGAGAUUGCAUUGCAAGGACGUUCAGGCCAUGAAAACUAGACUAGGGUGCCUGUCUAACAAGUCAGACUCAUGCAGCGAUUUUUCCGAAUUCCUGCCUCCUGCUCAGGAGAGAUCCACAAGAUACCUGAAAUUGUCCAAUGAUGAAGUGACAAGAUGGGCAGACUCUUUCGAUAUUCUCCUGUCCAGUAAAUAUGGUCUCGCUGCAUUCAGAACCUUCCUGAAAACAGAGUUCAGUGAUGAAAACAUUGAGUUCUGGUUGGCCUGUGAGGACUAUAAAAAGAUCAAAUCCCCUGCUAAGAUGAUGUCCAAGGCCAAUAAGAUCUACAAGGAAUUUAUUGACGUUCAUGCGCCCAGAGAGGUUAACAUAGACCACAGGACCAGAGAGGAAACCAAAAAUAGGCUUCUGGAACCGACUCCACACAGUCUCAACGAAGUACAAGCUAAAGUGUACAGCCUGAUGGAGAAGGACUCGUAUCCUCGGUUUAUAAGAUCAAAGAUCUAUCAGGACUUACUGAACAGGACACAGAUUUACUGUCAGAGGAAGUCUGUUUAAAGGUGAACGUCUGUUUGCUCGCCUGGCUAGAUGAUACUGAGAUAAUAAAGCAGACUUUAAUUGUUAUAUAUAGCAUAGUCUGUGUGUUUGCACAAUAAUUAGAUGAGAAUAAUCAAAUAAAAAAGGUCAAAAAUGAACUAGUUCCUUUGCUAGUUUGCAUCUAAAGUAAAAUAUGACCCUGUACUGUGCUUCUUUGCCCAGUUUGUAACAUGUGGCUCUAUUCUCUCCCUUUUGAUUGUGAUAGAAUGCUCAAUGUUUCUUCUGAAUGCUGGCAAGCAUGUAAAUCUACAUGGGUAAUGUGUAAGAGUAGAGUACAAGAAUUUAUUUUUCUUAUCUUCAAUGUCACUUACAGUAUGUUCCGAUAAAACAGCCGAAGACAUGCCUGCUGUUUUGCAUGCAGCCUCCUGUGUUUAUCUUUUGAUGACUCUAUUCCCUUAAAAUCUAAAUCUAAAGUACGUUGACCACACAAAUUUGCGCACAACAAAUCGCUUUCUCAACAAAAAUAUAUUUUAAAAGUAUUUGACAAUGUAAUAUUUAUCUUUGUUUAUUAAUUUAUUUAGUUAUUCUUUCACUUGUUGAUGUUCUGAUGGUUUACAAUGACAUGUUCUCCAGUGAUAUAGAUCAA